UUUCUUCUCAGCCUCUUGCAGGUUCCGGGAGCCGAGGCUCCGCGGGCCGGAAGUGUAGGCGGUUGGUGGGGUUGCCGGGGCUCAGGGACACGGCGCGGGCGGCGGUUUGCGGGCCCGGUGGACCGAGUGUAGUGGCCGGCGUGCAGCUGUCCGUUUUUGGCGCGGCACUGUUCGUCUAGACCGUGUGCGGCGGUAGCGAAACGGACCCGGCGCCGAAGGGCGCCUGCAGCUGGGCCCAUGGCCUCCUCCUGCGCGAGCAUCGAUAUCGAGGACGCCACGCAGCACCUGCGGGACAUCCUCAAGCUGGACCGGCCCGCGGGGGGCCCCAGCGCAGAGAGUCAGCGGCCAUCUAACACCUACAAUGGGGACCUCAAUGGGCUCCUGGUCCCAGACCCUCUAUGCUCAGGUGAUGGUACCUCAACGAACAAGCCUGGUCUUCGGGCCAUGCCACCUAUUAACCUGCAGGAGAAGCAGGUCAUCUGCCUCUCAGGAGAUGACAGUUCCACCUGCAUUGGAAUUUUGGCCAAGGAGGUGGAGAUUGUGGCCAGCAGUGACUCUAGCAUAUCAAGCAAGGCACGGGGAAGCAAUAAGGUGAAAAUACAGCCUGUUGCCAAGUAUGACUGGGAGCAGAAAUACUACUAUGGCAAUCUGAUUGCUGUGUCCAACUCCUUCUUGGCUUAUGCUAUUCGGGCCGCUAACAAUGGCUCAGCGAUGGUGCGGGUGAUCAGUGUCAGCACUUCAGAGCGGACUCUGCUCAAGGGCUUCACAGGCAGCGUGGCUGAUCUGGCCUUCGCACACCUCAACUCUCCACAGCUGGCCUGCCUAGAUGAGGCAGGCAACCUGUUCGUGUGGCGUUUGGCUCUGGUUAAUGGCAAAAUUCAAGAAGAGAUCUUGGUCCAUAUCCGGCAGCCAGAAGGCACUCCGCUGAACCAUUUUCGCAGGAUUAUUUGGUGUCCCUUCAUCCCUGAGGAGAGUGAGGACUGCUGUGAGGAGAGCAGCCCGACGGUGGCCCUUUUGCAUGAAGAUCGGGCUGAGGUGUGGGACCUGGACAUGCUCCGCUCCAGCUACAGCACCUGGCCUGUGGAUGUCAGCCAGAUCAAACAGGGCUUUAUUGUUGUGAAGGGCCACAGUACGUGCCUAAGUGAAGGGGCCCUCUCCCCUGAUGGGACUGUCCUGGCUACCGCAAGCCAUGAUGGCUUUGUCAAGUUCUGGCAGAUCUACAUUGAGGGGCAGGAUGAGCCAAGGUGUCUGCAUGAGUGGAAGCCUCAUGACGGGCGGCCUCUCUCCUGCCUCCUAUUCUGUGACAACCACAAGAAACAGGACCCUGAGGUCCCUUUUUGGAGAUUCCUCAUUACUGGCGCUGACCAGAAUCGGGAGCUAAAAAUGUGGUGCACCGUAUCCUGGACCUGCCUGCAGACCAUUCGCUUCUCCCCAGAUAUAUUCAGCUCAGUGAGUGUGCCCCCCAGCCUCAAGGUUUGCCUGGACCUCUCAGCAGAAUACCUGAUUCUCAGCGAUGUUCAACGGAAGGUUCUCUACGUGAUGGAGCUACUGCAGAAUCAGGAGGAGGGCCGUGCCUGCUUCAGCUCCAUCUCCGAGUUCCUGCUCACUCACCCCGUGCUGAGCUUUGGUAUUCAGGUUGUAAGUCGCUGCCGGUUGCGGCACACUGAGGUGUUGCCUGCUGAGGAGGAGAAUGACAGCCUAGGGGCUGAUGGAACCCACGGGGCCAGUACCAUGGAGUCUGCAGCUGGUGUGCUCAUCAAGCUCUUCUGUGUACACACCAAGGCACUGCAAGAUGUGCAAAUCCGCUUCCAGCCACAACUCAACCCUGAUGUGGUAGCCCCACUCCCUCCCCACACUGCCCACGAGGACUUUGCCUUUGGAGAGUCUCGGCCUGAACUGGGCUCUGAGAGCCUGGGGUCGGCUUCUCACGGCUCCCAGCCUGACCUCCGCCGCAUUGUGGAGCUGCCUGCACCUGCCGACUUCCUUAGCCUGAGCAGUGAGACCAAGCCCAAGUUGAUGACUCCUGACGCCUUCAUGACACCUAGCGCCUCAUUGCAGCAGAUCGCCGCCUCCCCUAGUGGCAGCAGCAGCAGCAGCAGCAGCAGCAGCAGCAGCAGCAGCAGCAGCAGCUCUUCUCUUACGGCGGUUUCUGCCAUGAGCAAUACCUCGGGUGUGGAUCCUUCCUUGUCCAGGCCAUCUGAGGAGUUGUCCUUGAACCCUAAGUUGCAACUUGAUGGCAGUCUGUCAAUGAGCAGCAGCAGCAGCCUACAGGCAAGCCCGCGCAGCCUUCUGCCUGGCCUGCUCUCCAGCCCUGCUGAGAAAUUGGCUCCCAAGGGAUCUGGGCAGGUAUCUGCUGCUGCCUCUGCACUGUCCCUGGAGUUGCAGGAAGUGGAGUCUCUGGGGCUUCCUCAGGCUUCUCCCAGUCGCACCCGCUCCCCUGAUGUGAUUUCCUCUGCUUCCACCGCCCUCUCCCAGGACAUCCCUGAGAUUGCUUCUGAGGCCCUGUCCCGAGGCUUUGGCUCCUCUGCUUCUGAGGGUCUUGAGCCAGACAGUAUGGCCUCAGCUGCCUCAGCGCUACACCUCCUGUCCCCAAGACCCCGUCCAGGGCCUGAGCUUGGCUUGGAUGGAGGCUCUGGGGACGGGGAUCGGCACAGUACCCCCUCCCUCCUAGAGGCGGCCUUGACUCAGGAGGCCACAGCCCCUGACAGUCAGGUCUGGCCUACAGCACCAGACAUUACCCGUGAGACCUGCAGCAGUCUGGCGGAGAGCCCCAGGAAUGGCCUGCAGGAGAAGCACAAGAGCCUGGCCUUCCACCGACCACCUUACCUACUACAGCAACAUGACAGCCAGGACGCCAGUGCUGAGCAGAGUGACCACGAUGAUGAGGUGGCCAGCCUUGCCUCUGCUGCAGGGGGCUUUGGCAGCAAAGUGCCCACUCCCCGGCUACCUGCAAAGGACUGGAAGUCCAAGGGAUCCCCUCGUACCUCACCCAAGAUGAAGAGGAAGGGCAAGAAGGAUGAUGGGGAUUCAGCUGUGGCAUCCCGGCUCAUGGAGCACCAGAUGGCAGAGCCCCCUGAGGACUGGCCAGCACUAAUUUGGCAACAGCAGAGAGAGCUGGCAGAGUUGCGGCACAGCCAAGAAGAGCUGCUGCAGCGUCUGUGCACCCAGCUUGAAGGGCUGCAGAGCACCGUCACAGGCCAUGUAGAACGUGCCCUAGAAUCACGGCAUGAGCAAGAGCAGCGGCGGCUGGAGCGGGCACUGGCUGAGGGGCAGCAGCGGGGUGGACAGCUGCAGGAGCAGCUGACACAGCAGCUGUCCCAGGCACUAUCUUCAGCUGUGGCUGGGCGCUUGGAGCGUAGCAUACGGGAUGAAAUCAAGAAGACCGUGCCUCCCUCUGUCUCUAGGAGUCUGGAGCCUGUGGCAGGCCAACUGAGUAGUUCAGUGGCCACCAAACUCACAGCUGUGGAGGGCAGCAUGAAAGAAAAUAUCUCCAAGCUGCUCAAGUCCAAGAAUCUGACAGAUGCCAUCGCCCGAGCAGCAGCAGACACGUUACAGGGGCCAAUGCAGGCUGCCUACCGUGAAGCCUUCCAGAGUGUGGUGCUGCCAGCCUUUGAGAAGAGCUGUCAGGCCAUGUUCCAGCAGAUCAAUGAUAGCUUCCGACUGGGCACACAAGAGUACUUGCAGCAGCUAGAGAGCCACAUGAAGAGCCGAAAGGCACGGGAGCAGGAGGCGAGGGAGCCUGUGCUAGCCCAGCUGCGAGGCCUGGUCAGCACACUGCAGGGUGCCACGGAACAGAUGGCAGCCACUGUGUCCAGCAGUGUUCGGGCUGAGGUGCAGCAUCAGCUGCAUGUGGCUGUGGGCAGCCUGCAGGAGUCGAUUUUAGCACAGGUACAACGCAUUGUUAAGGGUGAGGUGAGUGUGGCACUCAAGGAGCAGCAGGCUGCCGUCACUUCUAGCAUCAUGCAGGCCAUGCGCUCAGCAGCUGGCACACCUGUCCCAGCCACCCACCUCGACUGCCAGGCCCAGCAAGCCCAUAUCCUACAGCUGCUGCAGCAGGGCCACCUCAAUCAGGCCUUCCAGCAGGCUCUGACAGCUGCUGACCUGAACCUGGUGCUGUAUGUGUGUGAAACUGUGGACCCUGGCCAGGUUUUUGGGCAGCCACCUUGCCCACUCUCCCAGCCUGUGCUCCUUUCCCUCAUCCAGCAACUAGCCUCUGACCUUGGCACUCGAACUGAACUCAAGCUCAGCUAUUUGGAAGAAGCAGUGAUGCACCUGGACCACAGUGACCCCAUUACUCGGGACCACAUGGGCUCCGUCAUGGCCCAAGUACGCCAGAAACUCUUUCAGUUCAUGCAGGCUGAACCACACAACUCCCUUGGCAAAGCAGCCCGGCGUCUUAGCCUCAUGCUACAUGGCCUUGCAACACCCAGCCUCCCUUAGCUAGCCUGCCUUACCUAGGAGUGAGGUGGCAAUGGAGGCCAGCAGACAGGCCUAGGCUGUGGGUCAUGCCUGUCCCUUCACCUGCUCAGGCUCACACCUGUGGCGUGCUGGGGGCGGGGCGCAAGGUUGUGGUAGCCAGCUGGUUUAGGUUGGGCUCAGGGUGGGUAUUGUGCCUUCUUGGGUUCUGUUACGCCUGGAUCAUGACCCCUCCCCCACAAUCCCCCGAUCGUGAAGCCACUGAGUUGAAUUUUCCAUGUUCCUUUUUACCUCUGAUUUGGAUCUUUUUGUUUAUGAAAAACAUUGAGAAAUUCAAUUAAAUGCUUUUGGAAUAAAA